UUUAAUGUUUUAAAUUAUAUAUUAAGAGGUCUGUAUGAAGACAACUGUAUUUAAUUGACAGUACUUGUACUCUGCACAAUAACAAUACAGUUUAAUCCAAUAUUUCCUUUGCCCCCUGUUAUAUAUGGAAUAAAAUUGGUUAAAGUGUUGGAGGUCUGUUACAUGACAUGAUGAGUUCUGCCGCAAGUGGCGCUGCGGAUUUUCCACCAUCAGCGGACAGUACCGAAGGGAGGAGGCGACCAUCACCCGGACAAACCCCCGCCAAACCGGCCUCAAAACCCAGCGGCAGCCGCUCCUCAUCAUCCACUGCGUCGAAACUCGGAGGAAAAGGCAAUAAAGGACGUGAGGGAGAGCAGGCGGCUCAAGGAACGCGUGUCGUGAGGGUGCGAGGUGCGGCAGCUGUUCAUGGUGCUGAAACUGAGGCGGUUUGGGAAACCGAGGAGCGGAUUGAUCGCGCUCCCCAACCGGACACGAACCGCGCACUGCGUUUACCGUGCGUCCACAGAGACUCGUCCUCGGAGCAGCCCAACGGCUCCUCCGGUGGUGGUGUGAGGGGGAAAGAGAGGCAGAGAGAGGCCGCUGCGGGAGGAGAAUACGUCGGCUGCGGGCCGGCCUUCUGGGGCGGGGGCUGUCUGCAAUCAGAGCUCAUCCAGUAUCACAUCAACAAGCGCUUGAAGAAAAGCGGCAGGAUGCAGCGCAAAGCAUCAGGCGAGACGCAACCGGGACCGGCCGCACAGGCCACAAGCGGCGCCGACGAGCCCGUGACACAGCAGAAUGAAGCCCUGCAGGACGAGAUCCAGAGAUUGGAGGAUGAAAACGAAGAUCUUAGGAAUGAGAUUGAGGAGAUGCGCACAGAGAUGGAGGAAAUGCGUGACACCUUUUAUGAGGAGGACACCUGUCAAUUACAAGACAUGCGGCGCGAACUCGAGCGUGCAAAUAAGAACUGUCGCAUCCUUCAAUAUAGACUCCGCAAGGCUGAACGCAAAAGACUUCGCUAUGCACAAACCGGAGAAAUUGACGAGGAACUCCUAAGGAGCUUAGAGCAAGAUUUGAAGGUUGCCAAGGAUGUGUCUGUAAGACUUCACCAUGAGCUGGAGAAUGUAGAGGAAAAACGAACAAAGACAGAAGAAGAAAACGAGAGACUGAGACAGAAACUUAUUGAGGUGGAAGUCACCAAACAAGCCCUGCAAAAUGAGCUGGACAAAGCCAAAGAGUCCCAGAAACGAAGAGGAAGCAAAGAUGCACAAAAGCCUGAGAGGAAGACUCAGACUCCUACAGAGGACGACAAUGAGGACCUGAAAUGCCAACUGGCCUUCAUUAAGGAGGAGGCAACCUUAAUGAGAAAGAAAAUGGCCAAGAUUGACAAGGAGAAGGACCGUUUGGAACAAGAACUACAGAAGUAUCGUUCCUUCUAUGGGGAUCUGGACAGCCCUCAUCCAAAGGGUGAAGCUGGUGGUCCUCCCACUACAAGGGAAUCCGAACUCAAACUCCGCUUGCGUUUGGUGGAAGAAGAGGCCAACAUCCUAGGACGUAAAAUAGUCGAACUGGAGGUGGAGAACCGUGGCCUGAGGGCAGAGUUGGAUGAUCUUCGAGGGGACGAGUCAUCUAAUGGGGGUUUGUCCGGAGCGGAAGGUGGAAUGGGGCGGGAGCAGGGGGCGGAGCUAUCAGAGCUAAGGCAACAACUGCAGUUGGUGGAGGAUGAGGCAGAACUUCUAAGGAGGAACCUGGCUGAUGUGGAAGAACAGAAUAAGAGAGUAACAAGCGAGCUAAACAAACUGCGCUUUAAAGAGGGUACAAGGCACACCUCGGGCGGUAAUGCAACGGGUGCCGCCAAUGGAGCGGGAGACAGCUCCAAAGCCGAGGCAUUGCAGGAGGAGCUGAAGGUAGCGAGGAAGCAGAUCAAUGAACUGAGUGGAAAAGUGAUGCAGCUGCAGUAUGAGAACCGUGUGCUGCUUUCCAACAUGCAACGGUAUGAUCUAGCAUCUCACCUAGCCAUCACGCCACGGGACAGUGAUGCAGAGAGCGACACUGGUCCUGGAAUCGGAGGGCGUAGAGGUAGCGAUGACGACUCGUCUUCCUCUCGCCUCCCUCCCCAUCGCAAACGUGAGGGUCCGGUCGGAGGUGAAAGUGACUCGGAGGAAGUCCGAGGAAAUGCUCGGUGCCUCACACCAACUCGCUCUCUUUAUUCUCCUGAAUCUGCCCGGCUCCUCUCACGCUCCAUACGGGACAGGCAACAGAUGAUUGACAUCCGUGCCGAAGCAGAACGACUGGGGCGAACCAUUGACCGGCUCAUAGCUGACACCAGUAACAUUAUUGCAGAGGCACGGGUGUUCGUAGCUAAUGGGGAUCUUUUUGGCCGUAUGGAAGAUGACGACGAUGGUGGGCGGAUCAGGGAGCAUGAGCUACUCUACCGCAUCAAUGCUCAAAUGAAGGCCUUCAGGAAGGAGCUGCAGGGGUUUAUAGACCGACUUGAAGUCCCAAAACCUGAAGAAAGAGAUUCAGAAGAACCAUUAUCUGUGAGUCUGGCAAGAGUCUGUGUGUCUAUGUGAAGCACAACAAGAAUGUUUGACACCGUAAAGGAAUAGUUCACACAAAAAUCUAAGUUCUGUUAUUUACUCAUCCUUGAUUCUCUUCUGUGGAACAGUGACCAGGGGCUGUCUAGCUCCUGAAAUGGCCAAAAAGUGCCAUAUAAGUAGCCUAUACAUCUGACUCUAUUCUGUCUUCUAAAACCAUACAAUACCUUUGUAUGGAAGCCCGUUUCUGCCACUGAAUAAAAAAAAAGGUAAUUGCAGCUUUUUAAUCUUGCAUUUCUGACUUUUUUUCUUGCAAUUGUGGAGUUUCCAUCUCGCCAAUUAUAACUUUUCUCAGAACUGCGGAAUAUAAACUCAUAUAAACUAAAUAUAAACUAAAAGUUGUGAGUUAUAAAGUCAGAAUUGCAAGAAAUAAAUUUGAAUUGCAGUAUAAACUCACAAUUCAGAUUUUUUUCUCAGAAUUGUGAUAUAAACGUAAAA